UGCUUUCGGUAUCGCGCCUCUCUCGCGUCUCGUGAUCGCGCGGAGCGGAAAUAGGGACCUGAGGCCCGGGGACACCGUGAACAGCCCACCUCUGCUGCCCAGCCCCUUGGAACACUUAUUCUGUGCCAUGGAAUGCAGCGUUGCCUGGUUCUAGAAUGGAAAAUAAAGCCGGUUGACACCUUCACACUGUAGUAGUUUUUGCCCUUCGCCACUCUGGAUGUGACGAUGACAGUCACCCAGCAUUUAGUAGAGUAGCUUCRCUGGAGAGCUGGAUCCUGGAACCAACAAUGCUGCCCAAACCUGGGAUCUAUUACUUCCCCUGGGAGGUCAGUGCUGGCCAGGUUCCUGAUGGGGGCAUCCUGAGAACAUAUGGCAGGUUGUGCUUCUAUGACGUGACCCAGUCCAGGGUGACCCUGAGGGCUCAGCACGGAUCUGAUCAGCACCAGGUUCUUGUCUGUACCAAGCUGGUGGAGCCGUUCCAGGCCCAGGUGGGCUCCUUGUACGUGGUCCUUGGGGAGCUCGAGCACGAGGAGGAUGGCGGUUACGUGGUGAAGGCCCGGCUGCUGACCUGUGUGGAAGGGAUAAAUCUGCCUUCCUUAGAACAAGCCAUCCUGGAGCAGCGGCUCUACCAGCAAGAGAGAGGCAGCAGCCAAUAGGAAGUGAGGACGCCAGCAGCCCCCCACCUACUCCUGAGGCCAAACCUUUGAGCUGCCAGAGCCACUGCAGAAGUGGAGACGCUUCC